UGCCAUCGCCUCUACUGUCCGAGGGUCCGGAACUGGAGGAGAUAGUGGGACUGGCGUCGGCGACGAGCGCUUCCAGUGGUCACGGUGCUCGGGUGAGGACGUUUCCUCAGACCGCCGUCUCUGGGCCGAGGUGCCGGCUGAACGAGGAGGGCCGUCCACUACCUUUCAGACGAGGGUACCCUAGAAGCUUCGUCUUCAUCGUCCUGCCACGAGCCAGGACACCGCGCCGCCGACUCACUGAACACGAUCGAUUCUGCCAACACACCGACUCGGGGUGUUGAUGUUCGGCGCAGUUCCAGACCGGGACAAAGGCCGACGGAGGAGCCGGAGCCGCACGAGCUGCACUGCGUCCAUCGGCCGGGUCAGUCGACAGAGCGGGCGGUCCAACAGUGUGUGGACGGUACUGAGCUCUGUCCACCGGAGCCGACCACGGCGGAGGCGGCGAAUAUCAGAUGGAGAUGACAGCUGUGCGUGAAGACCUGGCCGCCCUUCGCCGGGAGGUGUCCGCCCUUCGUGAAGUGGUGGCUGCCCUUCGUGAAGAGAUGUCCGCCCUUCGUGGAGUGGUGGCCCCCCUUCGUGAAAAGGUGACCAUUCUGAGUGAGGUAGUGGCGAAGGACCAUUCGGACACGCAGAAGCUCAAGGGGGAGAACGCCGCACUUCACGAUGCGAUGGUCCGCCUGGAGCAGGCGGUUAUCGAGGAGCGGACCACUCGCCAGACCGUGGUGGAGGAUCUGCGGCAGGAGGUCCGCCGGCGAGCGGCGCCAUCCGGCCGUCCCCAGGGUAAAAUUACAAAAGCGUUUCAUGACGUCACGGUACAGACGGAGCCGCAGCCACCGGCAGACAGUGAUACCACAGUGCUGAGAGAGGCGCUAAGGACAGUGACGACGUUCGACGCUCCGUCGGCCCUUGGCGAGAAUCAGCUGACGGCGCUUCUGCAGAGUCUUCCCCGCUUGGAGGAGCUGACCGUCAGGGUCCCGUCCUUCGGAACGGGGCGGUGGCUGCGGCUGCUGCCGACGUCACUGAGGACGCUAUACGUUACCGGGCCGGAGGUGACGAAGCCGAGGUGGCCGGGACAGUACGGGAGUGGUCUGUCGGUAUCUCUCCAGGGGGUGGCUGCCGACACCAUCAGUCACCUGGCCACGGAGCUGGGGUCACGGAUUACCCUACUAGUCACGGAUGCACAAGUUACUACUAUUCCAAGUCAACUUCGUGGUGCCAUCAUCAGGGUGGGCCCAAACACUAUUAUCCUUCCGGCCGGAGUCGGUGACAGCGAGCUGACGGAGCUGCGGAGCUCACGGGAGACUGUGGAGCGGCUGUCAGUCUCCGCCGCCGACCUCCCGCUACUGAGGGAGCAGCUGCCGGAGUGCCUCCAGCGCCUCAAUGUCAGAGGGCCGGAGUUGACGGAGCCGAGGUGGCCGGAACAGGACGAGGAUGAUGAUCUGUCAGUGUCGCUCCAGGGGGUGGCUGCCGACACCAUCAGUCACCUGGCUGACCUGGGACGGACGGUCACACGACUGGAGAUAUACGACUGUCCUGAUCACACGGCCGGCAGCCUGGAGCCCCUCACCAGGUGCCGUGGGCUGCAGGACCUAUCAGUCACCGCCGCCGACCUCCCGCUACUGAGGGGGCAGCUGCCGGAGGGCCUCAGGUGCCUCAAUGUCAGAGGGCCGGAGGUGACGGAGCCGAGGUGGCCGGAACGGUACUGGGGUGAUCUGUCAGUGUCGCUCCAGGGGGUGACUGCCGACACCAUCAGUCACCUGGCUGACCUGGGACGGACGGUCACAGUACUGGAGAUAUACGACUGUCCUGAUCUCACGGCCGGCAGACUGGAGCCCCUCACCAGGUGCCCUGGGCUGCGGUGGCUCACCCUGUCCGGUGGCGUCCCUAACACCGUGAGCCUGGAGCCCCUCACCAGGUGCCCUAGGCUGUAUAUUCUCACCCUGUCCGGCGGCGUCCCUGACGCCGUGAGCCUGGAGCCCCUCACCAGGUGCCCUAAGCUGCAAUAUCUCACCCUGUCCGGCGGCGUCCCUGACACCGUGAGCCUGGAGCCCCUCACCAGGUGCCCUGGGCUGUGGGUUCUCACCCUGUCCGGCGGCGUCCCUGACGCCGUGCUGGACAGUCUCAGCGGCUGCCCCGGGCUGUGGAGACUUACACUGGGGGACCGCCAGCGGCCGGCAGAGACGGCCUUCACAGCAGCAGCGGUCACCAGCCUGGUGAAGUCGUGUCGGAAGCUGGACCGUCUGUACCUUCACUGCACGGCAGACACCACCCGGGCCGUGCUGACCGCCCUGAAGGAGGCGGAACUGGGCCGGCGCAGUGAUGGCCGGCCCCGUACCAUCCUUCUCCAUGUCCCCGGGGAGCUGUACCAUCAGCUGGAGAGACAGGAAGGCGAUGGGGUCAGAGUGUGGCCUUGGAAGGAUUGAUGCGCUGCACUACCGACCGUGCAGUGAUGAGCUGACUGCAGAGAGGCCGAGCCAGUCGGCCGGGGCCGCCAGCUGACUGCUGCCGUGUGUGCUGCACCAGCCGGCACUGAGAGCGGCGCCGGUCAGCCGGCACACGGCCCCCGUGUCCGCUCUAGUGUAGUCAUGUAGUUGUAGUAGUUGUAGUGUAGAUGUAGUAGUAGCACACGGAUGUGAUGUAGUGGGUAAUUACCGGAUGGGUAUUGUGGGUAAUUGGACGGGAGAUGUGAUGCAGUGGGUAAUUACCGGGCGGGUAUUGUGGAUAAUGGGACAGUGAAAAGUGAUGUGCUGGAGAGACUACCGAUUGUAGCAUUACGCUAUUCUGUAUGUAGAACACACGUCUCUGACGGUCCGACUCGGUUCACCGCGCCUGGUCCCGGCGGCACGGCCGGCCUCGGUCACGUGACCGUCCCCCGGUGGAGUCGGACGGCUCGGUCACGUGACCGCUCCCCCCGGGUCUGGCUGCACCUCGGCUCGGCGGUGCUGAGCGCCGUGCUGAGCGUGUUGUGACACGUCCCACACGGACAGCUCUACUCGACUACUGGCUAGCUGCCGUCCGAGCUGGCAGUAUACACGCGGUGCCAGUUCAGACGGCGGCCGGCCGCGCCGCGCCCGCCCGCUCCGGUCCCGGCCGGCGGCCGUCACCCGGCCCGGGGCGGUGACCAUUGGUCAGUCAGCUGACCAAUGGUCAGUCAGCUGACUGGUGAGUCAGCUGAUUGGUCUGUCAGAUUGGCCUGUCAGAUGUCUAUUAAAUACACGAGAUUAGACGCUUCAGCUGUACUAUCUGUAGGGUAGGGCAAUUAGUUACCGGGUGAGCAUUGUGGGCAAUUGGAUGAAGUGAUGCGAUGUAGUGGGUAAUUACCGGUCGGGUGUUGUGGAUAAUGUAACCCUGGGUAUGAUAUAGCCGGCUAUCCAACGGUCGGAUAUAGUCAGCUGGAUGCUACUGAAUUGUUUAGAGCUCUCACGGCACCGGUCAUAACGAGUGUCCUCGCGUCUGUCCGACUCGGUUCACGGAAGCACGCCGUCACGGCCCGGGUGCGCGCCGCCAUGUUUUGUGUCCUCUGCUUCGUACAGGGGGGUAAUUGGGCUACCGACCGAUUGGGAGUCGGAGUCGGAGUCCGUGUCGAUCAAGCUGCCUUGACUCCGACUCCGGAACGGCUUUUUAGAUUUUAGUUAUCACUUGGCCACGCUACUGAUAAUCGGCUGCGCUUUGACUAAUACAUUUUACACA